AUAUCUUCCUUUUAAGGUUCAAGAAAAGUGCAGUUUUGCCUUUUUCUGCCAUGUCAUGUGGUGUUGUGUAAGUGACCAUGUUAGAGGAUGUGCAGUGUGACCGGUGUUUGGGCUUCAUGUGAAUCUGAGCAACUGAAUGAGUCAGUGUGCAUGUGUGUUCAGCAUCCAGCUCAGAGUCAUAGGAUUGGGUGCAUAUAAAUAUGCAUGAAUUCAGUGCCUGGUCAAUAUGAAGCUGACCUGUUCUGCUAUUAUGACCAACCUUUUAAUGUAGAGAUAAAUCCAUGCUCUUAUUCAAGCCAACAGUAAUGAGGCCUUUAAGAAACUACCAUCUCUCUACUUUCAGAGCCUCAGUGAUGAGCAGGAUGGAGGCGCUGUGGUUGUGUUACUCAUCUCCGACUCCUCAGAGUGCAAGUCACCUGCUUGCCCUACUUGUUCUCUGUCUCUCAUUGGCUGCUGUAACCGCAUCACUACUUUUCCACUGGCUCAUAGACCUUUUAAAAUAUGACAUCCAGACAGCAUUGGUUGCAGUUGGUAUCUGUGGCACGGCUGUGUUUAUCCUGUCAUUUCUCAUCCAUCCAUUCCGAUGUGCCUUCACACUAAUCUUCCCGACGUUGUUCACCCGACAGGGCCGUAAACUGCUCUUGUCCGCAUCCAUGAUGAUCGUAGUGCUGUUUGUCCUACCCAACAUGGCCGCCAACAUCGCAACUCUCACACAUGUCGUUAAAUGUGCAUCAGAAAAACUCUCUCAAAGUCUCCUAAGCAGCUCAGACCUCAUCAACACCAUUAAAGACAAUAUGGUCAGAAGAGCUGAGGAGAGCGUGGAUGAGAGUUUAGUGCAAAGGCUGCAUGAUUUUGAUCACACCACACAUAUUAAUGUCUCAGAAGUGAAGGGACGGUUGCAUGUGUUGAGUCAGCGGGUGCAGGAGGAUUUCUCUGAAGUUAAACGUCAAGUACAGGACCUGAAACUGCUAUUCAGCAGGAUCUUUGCUGCUGUUUUUGUUUUGUAUUUGUUCAGCGAGUCUGUCAUGUACCUUCGGUCUUAUCUGACAUCUGUACGAUUUGACAACACGUAUAUCACAAGCGGGCUCAGGAGAAAAGGAGUUGAAAAAGGACUUGUGGUUGAAGCAAAGGAUGUGAAAAAUGGAGUAAACUCCACCAGUUUCAGAAUAACUAAAAAGGAACUUUACAAAUGUCUGGCUCCAGCGAUGGUGAUCACUCUGUAUCUGCUGAUGACAGUCUUUUUGGUAGUGCUGGACCAUUUAUUGUAUCACCUGGUGAAAACAGGUGGACCUUGGAUUUCAAACAUGCCAUCAACCAACAUCAGCAUCGAUGUCAACUUCAAGGUUGGUAAAAAUGUGCCCAUUUGUCAGAUCUUUGGCUCAGACUGUCCGGUAGAACUGUUCAACUUCAAUAGAACUUACACAGCCCUCAUUCACUCUGAUCCAAACGUGUGUGAGGCUCAAUCCAGUGAGCUGAACCCAAGUGCAGUGGUGGCGCUGGUGCUCCUCUAUCUGUUCAGCUACACCCUGCUGCCGCUGGAGGUCUACGCUCGACGCCUUCGGAGGAAAGUAGCAGCUUCUUUCUUCCAGCAGCAGGAGGAGAGAAGGGUCCAGUUCCUUAUUAGAAAAAUUCAAACUAAACGAAAAGAAAGACAAAAUGAGGUUUUCUUUAUAGAAACCAUGCAUCAUGAUAAAGAAGUCUCUGGGAUGAUAAAUCAGCUAUAAAUCACUUAAUACUAGGCUGUAUGUCAUACAUUUUACAGAAUUGUAAAUAAUGUACUUAAUAAGUGUACAUAUUCAAAUUUGUGAAUCGAAUGUUUUGUUCAACAACAUUUAUGUUUUUAAUUCAUAUAUAUUCCUUGUUUAUGUAUACGGCAGUGAAGUGAAAUAUGUCUGACCUAUGAUGCUAUGAAAGGAAAAAAUACCUCAGAGUUUAACAGAGUGAAAACAGCUUUUAGCUUUUACCUUACAGUUCAUGAUGCAUUAAGGGACUGUUUUAGUGAUAUACUUUAGCCUAGUGCCUGAUCUGCAGGGAGUGGAUGAUGGAAACAUGACACUAAUGGACAGGAAAUCAAAAGGUCACUGCAUGAAGAAACUCUAAAUGCUUAGGGGGCUGCAGUGGCUAUUAUAUAUGCACAGUAUAUUAUGCUGUGUGCAUAUUAUAUACCCAAACUAAGAUCAGAUCUCAUGUCUUAAUGACGUAAAUCUGAACAGGUAGAUCUGAAUAUGUGAACCCAAAAUUAGGUUUAUUUUUAAUAAAGUGUUUGCAGUUUGCGUCAUAUAAAUUAUAAGAAUAUGUCCAUUUUAAACCAAAUAUCUGUCUGCAUCUGUGAAUCUGUAGGGUUCACACAUAGCUUAAAGGUAUAGUUGAAAAACACAAAUAGGCAUUGUGAAAAAUGUCUCCAAUGUCCAUCCAAUGAAAGUCAAUAGGAUUCUAAUGUUGCUUUCGACCCAACUGACUUUAAAUGUGUAAGGCAAAAUAAUUAAUUGAAAUGUCUCUUGUUUCACAGUCAUACAGGUUUAGGAUGAAUAACUGAAGACAGAAUUGUUCCUUUAAGGGAAAACAAUGACACUUGUAGAGCUUUGCUUUCACACAUUUAAGCAAUGCCAGUCCUUUUCUGUGACUCACAGGCCAAUUACACUUUUAAAUUACUUCAUGAAUAUACAGAAGUCUUAAACAAACUCAACGAUAGAGAACAAGUGUCAGGGUGCAAGAGUGAUGCUUUGCUUGACAUCACGAAUCUUUUAGAUGACUGAUUUUAUUAUUUUCUUUUCACAGUCGAUAUUACUCUUAGUGUAUAUGGCUUUUGGAAUCUUGAUAGCCUUGGAGGUGAACACCAUAUUCUUUUUCUUGUGUGUCUGAGGAGAUGGAAUAGUUGCUAUAAAGAGUUAUGACUACACUGGCUGCCACUUUAUCUAGACUUUAUAAAGACUUUUUUCAAGUCCAUCAAAGACUACAUAUAAGGGAGAAGAAUAAAGACCCUUACUUUGUAGCUUUAUCCAACUCCAUCAGGGGUAAGUGCAGCGCUCACUUUCAUGAGCGCC